ACAUAAGUUGUAGUAUACUGGCUUGCGUGUGAAAUUGUUUCUGAGGAUCGAAGAGAUAUGCUUUAUUGGGGAGUUGAUCAAGUCCAUCACCCAAACCAUGAUCAGGAUCCUUAUAAACAACAGCAACAACAAGGAUGUAGAAAGGGACCAUGGACACCUGAAGAAGACAAGCUUCUCGGUGAGUAUGUUUCUUCGAAUGGGGAAGGAAGAUGGAGCACUGUUGCUAAGUCUGCAGGGUUGAAUAGAAGUAGCAAGAGCUGUAGACUAAGGUGGGUGAACUACUUGAGGCCAGGGCUUAAGAGAGGUCAAAUUACUCCUCAAGAAGAAGGAAUCAUCCUUGAACUUCAUUCCCUAUGGGGUAACAAGUGGUCUACAAUCGCAAGAUAUUUACCAGGACGAACUGAUAACGAAAUCAAGAACUAUUGGAGAACACAUUACAAGAAAAAAGAAAAAUCUUUUUCAAAGCAAGAAAAACUCAGAAGAUCCCGGAAACAAUUUGAUCUAAAACCACAACCGCAACUGCAGAAUCAACAGUCUAAGCUGGUGUCUGAAGACCACAUAAAUCUCGACAACAAACAAAAUAUAGCUACAUAUUUCUCUUACCCGACUAGUGUCUACAAUGACAAAUUUCAUAUGCCUCAAAACGUUGCAGCAACCUCAAGCGACCACUCCAUGAUUGAUGAAGGUAACUUCUGGUGCAGCUUGUGGAGUCUAGAAGACGAUGAUCCACAUGGUGGCUCAGAACAGAGAACAACUACUAGUAUUGCUGAGAAGUUUAACGGCGGCGGAAAUGAGGCUCCGUCGUGUGGAUCAUGGGAUUAUAGUUAUAAUGAAUUUUAUAAUGGAGGCUAUAUUUUUUAAUUAUGUAAGGAGAUAUACAGACAGAUCUGUCUUCAUAAUCUACGGAUAUCUUCGUAAUCGUGUAGUUUAACCUUUUUAACGAUGGAUGUAACAUAUUUCCUGAAGUUUAAAAUUGAUUUCUUGACUAUAGUAUAAAAUGUGGCAGAAUAUAUGUUUAUAAGAAAUACAGUAUAAUAGAAUUUUUAAAAUACAAUAGUUUGAUGAACUAAUAUAAAAUAUAUAUAUUAUUAAUAAGAUUAUUUAUAUCUUUACUAUUAUUUGCAAAUUGGUUUUUCGCAAAAGUUAGACAAGUUAAAAUCAUUGUUACCUUUAAACAAUUAAUCAUAAAUAUUUAAUUAAAAUCAAAAUUAAGAAAAAAUAAAUAAAUAAA